AUGUUCAGAAACCAGUACGACAGUGAUGUCACAGUUUGGAGUCCACAAGGACGCCUACACCAAGUUGAAUAUGCUGUUGAAGCUAUGAAACAAGGUUCCGCUAGCGUUGGAAUCAAGAGCGAAACCCAUGCGGUCAUUGUUGCAUUGAAACGCGCUCAAAACGAAUUGUGCUCACAUCAGAAGAAAAUUUAUGAAAUUGAUACCCAUUCCGGUGUUUCGAUCGCUGGAUUGCUUUCCGAUGGGCGUAUUCUUGCAAGAUUCUUGCAAACUGAGUGCUCUAGCUGGCGUUGGGACUACAAACUUCCUAUUCCAAUGAAGAAACUGGCUGAGGCCAUGCAAUUGAAGCUUCAAGCUAAUACACAAUAUUAUGGUCGUCGUCCAUUUGGAGUUGGUUUGCUUAUCGCCGGAUAUGACAAAGAUGGAGCUCACAUUAUUCAAACUGAUCCAUCUGCCGAAGUUGUGAGCAUGCUCGGAACAUCUAUCGGUGCACGAUCUCAAUCCGCAAGAACUUACUUAGAAAAACACGUUGAAGAGUUCGAAAAAUCUUCUGCUGACGAUCUUAUCAACACUUCCAUUGGAAUCGUUGGAAAAGACUGCCCAUUCAAGGUUCUUGCCGAUUCACAAGUAUUGGUUCAUCUUGACAAGGUAAACACGCAUCCACGAACUAUCGGUGUCGCCCAGCCAGCUGCUGUUGGAGGAGCUUCGCCAGGACCACAACCGCCAGCUGGAGGAGCAUCCCCUAGCGGACAAGAGCCAAUGCAACAAUAA